GUCUGCAGUCCCAGCACAGGGGAGGCUAAGGCAGGCCUAUCGCGAGUUCAAGGCCAGCCAGGGCAACACAGAAUGACCCUAUCUCAAAAAGACAACACAAAAAAAUGUCCAUUCUAUUUCCUCAGAAAGGCAGCAGGUUCGGUCUGUCCGCCCUGCCUGAAGGUCCGGCUGAGCUGGGUCAACGCAGCUCAGGCCGUGCGCGCUGCGCCCCGGCCGCGGCCCCGCCGAGCUCGAGCCCGAGCCCCGCGCCGGGCGCUCCGCCUCCCGAGCCGCAGCGGCCAUGGCGGCCAGGCAGAUCCCGGCGUUGGCGGGCGCCGCGCUGGGGAGGAGACCUGCGGUUGUCCAGCCAGCCAGAGCUCCCCGCGUUGGAAGAGAGUCGCCACAGCAGCUCGGCUCAACCCUCUGCUCGGCCUCGGAGGGAGGAGGCGGCGGCGGCGGCCCCACGCCCGGCUCGCACGGUCGGCCCGAGAGAACCGAGACGCGCCCGGCGAGCGAGGAGUUAACCGCCGCGGAGCUGCGGAUCGCGGAGCUGCACGCGGCCGCGUGCGCGGCUGGCCAGCAAAGCUAUGUGGACCCAGCUACUGGCUAUCUGGUGCUCACGAGACUAGCCCAUUUACAGAGAGGGUCCUGCUGUGGCUCCGCCUGCAGACACUGUCCAUAUGGUCAAGUCAAUGUUAAAGAUCCAUCUAAAAAGAAGCAAUUCAAUUCAUAUUUUUAUGUUUGAUAACAAUUUCAUCUCUGUUCUCUG